UGUUCCUAAUACAUUUGAACUUUUCAGGCUUAUAUUAUUUAUUAUUAUUUUAUGAACAUCAAUUGCAUCAACUGAAACAAAAUCUGCACAAUGCUUAUGAAUGCAUAGGAUACAUAACAGCUUAAUGGUAACAUAACAAAUAGGGUUUUGAUAAUGAUAUUGAACCAGAUGUUGAAUAACUCCACCUCUUUUCCAACUCCUCAAGCAUCUGCCACCCACCUCCUACUCAGCACUUUAAAACCAGCCCAUGUUUGGGCAAUUUAAUCUAAUUACUCUUUAGGUAUUGGCUGAUACAACUUUAUAAUUUUAGUAUUAAAGGGGACCAUCAAAAUCAUAAAGAAAAGAAACGUGUAACCUGCUGAGCUCUGAAGUGGAAACAUGUUUUGGAUCAAUGAUUUACUCUUACUUUUGGUUAAGGUUUGCUUAUUCAGCUCCAACGUCUUUGCAUUGGGCUUAAGGAACGGUUGUAAGGAAUUGUGUAAUGGGUCCUCGGGCAGUCUCAAGAGUCCCAUAUCUGAACGUUUAUCAGCGGAGGAGAGCACAUCUGUACUGGCAUUAGAUGAACCCUGUGGGGUUUACACUUUGCCAUGUACUCAGGGUCUGCGCUGUAUCCCUCCUCAUGGAGAGCAAAGCCCUCUUCAGGCACUGCUUCAAGGACGAGGGCUUUGCAAGAACAUUAAAAGUACCGUUCCUGACGUACCUCCACCUACUGUUUCAGAAAACAGACCAUUGACUGCCGUAAACAAUGAAAAGGGUCCUUGUCGUAAAUUGUUAAAUGCAGUGCUCCAAAGUAUUGAGUUGACGGUCAUUCAUUCAAUCCAGGACAUCUACAUUCCUAACUGUGACAGACAGGGAUUCUUCAGGAGGAAACAGUGUCGCUCAUCACGAGGAAUGCAAAGAGGUCACUGUUGGUGUGUUGAUGAGAAAGGAGAAAAAAUCGCAUCUCGUAAAAAAGAAGACGGUACUAUUUCUUGUAACAGUGCCUGAGAUUAACUGGGAAAAGCGCUGAACAUCAUGUCAAUCUGGAUCUGAAAUCUGUUUAUUCAAGGCUAAGAGAGAGAGAGAGAGAGAGAGAGAGAGAGAGAGAGAGAGAGAGAG